CAGACCAACUCCCCCAUCGAGAUUUUCCUGACGUCACAAAAGACAGGUAAAUUUACCUGAUGUCGUUAAGCUUUCGUGUUUGGUGGAGCACGGACAAUUACAAUCAUCAGUUUGAUACAGUAACUGAUUUCCAUCCAUUCGCAAACCGUAAAAAUGAAAUAGAUAUGUAUUUUGUUUACUUUUCCGUCGCGAUAUUGACGAGAGUUCCCGGAUGUGAUCUGGUCCCAGAGCGGAUCUCGUUCUGACCCGCUACAGAGGGAGUGACUCAGCAGCCAUGGUCUGGUCGUACACUGUGUUACUUCUUGUCCUACUAGUUCGGUCUAUCUACUGCUGUUUAAUCAAUCCCUGUAAUUACCAGUACUGUAAAAAUGAAGCCAACUGUUCUUUAAACGAGAACUGCAUGCCUGAUUGUGAGUGUCCCUAUGGAUUUUCUGGGUCUAGAUGUGACAUAGAAAUAACCGUAUCCGAUUUUAACUGUUCGCAUUGCCAGGAGAACGAAGUGUGCUUUUCAUCAAAUGGGAGCUGGACCUGUCAGACAACAACAUCAUCACCAACAACAACAACUGGAACAGAGUCGACAACAAAUCUAAACAGAAACACCUCACAGGACGCAUGCUCGCUAAGUUAUGUGAGUCGCACCACGUCUGAGAGACGAUGCUUAGGUUCCUACUGCGUGUACGGCAAAUGUAACAAAACUCUUGAGGACAUUAACGGGAUACAGACUCCGAUCGAAAUAUGCGACUGUGACCCCGGGGCCGCAGGAACCAAGUGUGAGUUUCAGUGUUGUCGGGACUGUGGACAUGGAUUCUGCCAGUACAGUAUCAGUGAUCAGGAAGAAUUCUGUAACUGUCAACUAGGUUACACGGGAGAAAGCUGCCAAGAGCUCCGACCAGUAGAAGAAGCCCCCCUCUCUGACCCGGACUGGGUGUGGUGGCUGGUGGGAGGCUGCACGCUCGCUUUGCUGGUUCUCCUCUUUUUACUGGUGGUUGUACCUUACUGUCUCUGGAAGAAGCGAGUCCUGGUGGUGAUGAAGGUUGCUUACUUUUUCCAGCCCUACGAAGACAACGACGACAAGGUUUGGGACGCCUUUGUGUCCUAUAAGUCGGACGGGGCGGACGAGGACUUUGUCCUCCACAAACUUCAGCCUGUCCUGGAGGAACAGCUGGGCUUCCGUCUGUGUCUCCAUUACCGGGACUUUGUCAUCGGAGCGGCGAUAUUUGAGAACAUCAUUGAGGCCAUCAACAACAGUCGGAGGACCAUCCUGGUUCUGUCGCCACGUUUUCUGAGCAGCGAAUGGACGCGAUACGAAUACCAGGUGGCGCUGCAGGAAAUGCUAAAAAAGAAACACCGAAUCAUUCCCGUCAUACUGGAAGACAUAUCGGAAAUGGAGGAUGUGGACGAGACAUUGAAGCAAAUUCUGUCUUCCAUUACGUAUAUUAAAUGGCCAGAGAGUGAAAAGAAACAGAAACACUUCUGGAAGACUCUUCAGUUCUCACUUCCUAAGAAGAGAGCGGAAUGUGGCGGGAGUUCUGCUAAUACCGAGCUCAGUUCUACGGAAACCACGCCCUCAGAGGACUUCAAGUCAAUCAGUCAUCCACCCAGCGAUAAACUAACAAACACACAGCUAACGAAAACCACGUCUGACCUUAGAGACGUGAAAAUUAACUUUCCCAAUGAGUCGCGUCUGUUUAAAAACAUAGCUUUUGUUAGUAAUUUAAAAAUUGAAGAUUCUGGCAACUUAAAGGCGUUGAAAGACGAAGUUUACCAUUUCUAAUGAUUGGGUAUAAUUUAUGCCUAUUCUGCUGUGCAUUGACAGUAUAUUAUGUUAAAGAGAAAAAGGCGUAUAUCAAACUGGCAUCUCAGACAAUCAAGGGUUGUCUCUCUUCUUCAGUAAUGCUGAGUAUGAUAAAGCUAGGAAGUAGGAGCAACUUUGCAAAAAACGUUUAAAAAAUAGUAUGAACGAGUUAUCUCACUUUAAAGGUAAUUCUGAGUUAAGUGUAUCGAGUAUUAAGUGUUCUCCGGUUAAAGAUGGAUUUACAAAUUUACUCAAACAAGUCAUGGAAAUAAGUUUUAAGCCAUGUUAAUAGCAAUGUGUAAAAUUCAAUUGUGAUGCACCUUAGUGUAUAUCAUAAUUAAAUUACAUAGAGAUUCCAUUAGUACAAUGGUAGAACAAUACUGUGAUAACACUAAAUAGGGGAAUAGUAGUGCACAGAUAUAUGAGCCAAUCUAUCUAUUGCAGAUAUGUUGUUAUAUCAAAUAAAGGUAUGUAAAUGAUAAUGAUAGUUUGUUAUGUU